AUGCGGUUUGCAGUUCUCUCAACCGCACUCCUCUCCUUCUCCUUCUCCUUUGUCUCUGCUGUUCCGAUUGCAGAUGGCACACCAUCCAACUCCACGAUCCGAAAGCGAGCGAGUGGUGUCACCUGGAAUCCAUGGGGUGCAGCAUACCAGACGUAUGAUUACGUCGUCGUAGGUGGUGGGCUUACUGGCAUCACUGUCGCAGCUCGUCUCGCCGAAAAUCCAGCGACUACGGUCCUGGUCAUCGAAGCCGGUGGGGACAAUCGAUGGGACCCCCGCGUUUACGACAUCUACAACUAUGGUCAAGCAUUCGGGUCUGAACUUGAUUGGCAAUAUCCCACGGAUGCUGGCAAGACGAUGGUUGCCGGGAAGACACUUGGUGGAGGCUCUUCCAUUAACGGAGCAGCAUGGACUCGUGGUUUGGCUGCUCAGUACGAUGCCUGGUCAUCCCUCCUCACGCCGGACGAGGCUUCUCUCAACUGGGACUGGAACAGCCUGUUCAACUAUAUGAAAAAGGCAAUUUAUCAUUUCCCGCGAUCACUUCAUUGUGCCGACGGUGUCGAUAGCUACCAUGGCUUCAACGGACCCGUUCAGGUCACGUUCCCAGACGACAUGUACGGAGGUCCACAACAGAAGGCGUUUGCCCAGUCCAUCCAGACCUUGACCGGAAUCGCAAAGAGCCCCGACCUCAAUGGUGGACAGCCCAACUGCGUAUCCUUCACUCCAAAUAACAUGAAUUGGCACGAUGGAGAUCGUCGCUCAUCCGCGCCAGCGGCCUACUUGACCCCUGUCGAAUCUGUCCGCACAAAUUGGAUCACGCUAGUCAAUCACCAAGUCUCGAAUCUCCUCUGGGCCACAGAUGACUCCAAGUGGGCGUACGGCGUCAAGUUUAAGCAGGCAGACAAUUCCGGACAGGACUAUGAAGUCUACGUGCGCAAGGAAGUCAUCCUCGCGGCUGGUGCGAUUGGCACCCCAGCAUUACUUCAGCGCAGUGGCGUCGGGGACCCGACCCACUUGAGCUCCCUCGGCAUCAAUACAGUCCUGAAUCUUCCUACGGUCGGCAAGAAUCUACAAGAGCAGACAAUGAACGCGCUUGGUGCUGCUGGCAACGGCUUCGAUCCUGCUGGUCGUGGUCCGAGCGAUGUCAUUGCAUAUCCAAACCUCUACGAAGUGUUUGGCUCGCAGGCCAAUUCGAUUGCCCAGACAAUUUGGUCGAGUAUCAGUCAGUGGGCCGACGCGCAAAAGGGAAACGCUCUUUCCAAGGCAGCUCUGGAGACGAUCUACCAGUCGCAGGCGGAUAUGAUUAUCAAUAAGAAGGCUCCCAUCGUCGAGUUGUUCUAUGACACUGGAUACCCUGACAUGGUUGGCGUUCUUGUCUGGAACCUUCUCCCAUUCAGCCGAGGAACCGUCAAGAUUACUUCUACCGACCCCUUUAUCAAACCUCAGAUUAAUGUCAACUACUUUGCCGUCGACAUGGACACGACGAUCCAGGCUGCUUCUUCCAAAUUGGUCCGCAAGCUGUUCAAGACUGCGCCGCUCUCUGGGCUCACGACAGGCGAAACCAUUCCUGGAUUCUCUGCCGUCCCCGAUCCAAAUAACAACGGCGGAUCAGAUACCGAGUGGAAGCAGUGGGUAAAGAAUACGUACGGUCCCGUCAAUCAUCCUGUCGGGACUUGUGCGAUGAUGCGUCAAGAUUUGGGCGGUGUUGUCGAUGGGCACCUCAAGGUCUACGGUGCCCAGAACGUACGCAUUGUUGAUGCAAGCAUCAUGCCCACGCAAAUCUCUGCACAUCUCAGCAGUACGCUGUUUGGUAUUGCAGAAAAGGUGGCCGACAUGAUCAAGAAUGGGCAAUAG